CAUGGAUCCGCCAAAGAAGUCUCGGAAAGGUUAUCGACAAUUAAAGGCAGUUAUCAACGAGAAUAAUCCUACUGCUGACUUAUUACUAGCUAUCGGAGGAGCAACAUUUAGCGCCGAAAACUUUUCAAAUAUGACUAAAAGCUCACAGCUUAGGUAUACAUUUGCAAAAAACCUCGUAGCUUAUGCAAGAAAAUACUAUUUCGAUGGAAUAGAUAUUGACUGGGAAUUUCCCCAGGAAGGCGAAAAAGACAAUUUUACGGGUUUGCUCGAGGACUUACGACAAGAGAUUGAUAAGGAAUAUGGAAAGAGUUUUGAUAUUGUAAAUGGUAAUUUAAAAAAGAAGCUUAUUCUGUCAGCAGCUGUAACUCCAAGUCCUUAUAAUGUAAAAUAUCAUAAGGAUAUUUUUUUCAAAUAUCCCCUGGAUUCAUACGAUAUAUCAGCCUUAUUUAGAUUACUGGAUCAAAUUCAUCUGAUGACAUAUGAUUUAAAUCAUCAUGAAUUUAUUUCACACCAUAGCCGAAUUAAUACCACGGAGAAAGACUCAAGCGUAACACGGCAGUUUGCAAUAGAACUUCUAUUAAAUGAAUGGCUCAAGUAUGGCAACGCAUCCAAAAUUUUCCUUGGUUUACCAUAUUAUGCACGUACUUAUACUGUAAAAAUCCCUAGUAUUAAAUCCUUAGAUGAUCCAAACUUAAAUGUUAAAAUUGCUGACAUUUUCGGAAAAAAUAUGAGCUCAGGAAGAGGCAAUCCUGGUUUAAUAACAAAAGAACAAGGAAUUCUUGCCUAUUAUGAGAUUUGCGAACUAUUGAAGACAAAAUCGGAUUCUCAACAAAAAAUAAGCGAACCAUACUUAUACGAAAAUCUAAACGUUCCCUUCUUUACUAUUUCAAGGAUAAAAAAAAAUGAAGGAUUAAAUUUACAAUGGAUAGGAUAUGAUGAUCCUGAAAGCUUGGCAUUUAAAGUAAAUUUUGCAAAAAGUAAAGGUUUAGGUGGCGUAAUGAUAUGGGCAAUUGACAUGGACGAUUUUAAUGGUAAGUCUUGUGGUAAACUUUAUCCGUUGAGUAGAUCAGUAUAUGACGCUGCAACGGGAAAGAAUGCAUCGGAAUUCCUCCCCAAUUUUCACCCAGCAGCAAAUUCCAUGAUUGACCAAGCCAAUAAAGUCCUAAUCAGUUUUAUAUUUGGAAUAUGGUUUCUAACAUCAUAG